AGGUGUGUGUAGUCCUUCAUUUUGGGUUAGAUUUGGCAGGAUUAAGUUUUGUUCCCUCCUCUUUCUGGAAGACAGACCAUAAUCCCAUUAAUGGGUGAAAUUGACUCUAAUAUGUGUUGCCAUUUAGACUGAGGGUUGAAUCUGGCACCUCGAGGACUGAAGCCCAGCCAUACGCUUCCUGGGGAUGCUGGGCCUGGAAGCAAACACACCUUGCUCUUUCAUUGACCUCACUGACCCUAGGUUUCCUGGUUAAAACCGUAGGCCUGCAGUUGGCCUAAAGCCCAUUAAUCUAUUGAUUGAUCCUCGAGGCCGUGCCCUCUGGGGCAUACAUAUGGCAGGGCCUACCACCAUGCGACUGAGCUCCCUGUUGGCGCUGCUGCGACCAGCACUGCCCCUCAUCCUAGGGCUGUCUCUGGGAUGCAGCCUGAGCCUCUUGCGGGUUUCCUGGAUCCAGGGUGAGGGAGAAGAUCCUUGUGUAGAAGCUGUGGGGGAACCAGGAGUGCCACAUAAUCCAGACUCAAGAACUGGACUGGACCAAAGUGAUGAAGACUUCAAACCCCGGAUUGUCCCUUACUACAGGGAUCCCAACAAGCCCUAUAAGAAGGUGCUCAGGACUCGGUAUAUCCAGACAGAGCUGGGCUCUCGGGAGCGGUUGCUGGUGGCUGUCCUGACUUCCAGGGCUACCCUGUCCACUCUGGCUGUGGCUGUCAACCGCACAGUGGCCCACCACUUCCCUCGAUUACUGUACUUCACUGGGCAGCGAGGGGCGCGGACUCCUGCAGGAAUGCAGGUGGUAUCUCACGGGGAUGAACGGCCAGCCUGGCUCAUGUCAGAGACCCUGCGCCAUCUCCACACACACUUUGGGGGCGACUACGACUGGUUCUUCAUCAUGCAGGAUGACACGUAUGUACAGGCCCCCCGCCUGGCAGCCCUUGCUGGCCACCUCAGCAUCAACCAAGACCUGUACUUGGGCCGAGCCGAGGAGUUUAUUGGCGCAGGCGAGCAGGCCCGGUACUGCCACGGGGGCUUUGGCUACCUGUUGUCACGGAGUCUCCUGCUUCGAUUGCGGCCCCAUCUGGACGGCUGCCGAGGAGACAUUCUCAGUGCCCGUCCUGAUGAGUGGCUUGGCCGCUGCCUCAUCGACUCUCUGGGCAUCGGCUGUGUCUCACAGCACCAGGGGCAGCAGUAUCGUUCAUUUGAACUGGCCAAAAAUAGGGACCCUGAGAAGGAGGGGAGCUCGGCUUUCCUGAGUGCCUUCGCAGUGCAUCCCGUCUCCGAGGGAACCCUCAUGUACAGGCUCCAUAAGCGCUUCAGUGCUCUGGAGCUGGAGCGGGCGUACAGCGAGAUAGAACAACUGCAGGCUCAGAUCCAGAACCUGACCGUGCUGACCCCCGAGGGCGAGGCAGGGCUGAGCUGGCCCAUCGGGCUCCCGGCCCCUUUCACACCACACUCUCGAUUUGAGGUGCUGGGCUGGGACUACUUCACAGAGCAGCAUACCUUCUCCUGUGCAGACGGGUCCCCCAAGUGCCCACUGCAGGGGGCCAGCAGGGCCGAUGUGGGUGACGCAGUGGCGACUGCUUUGGAGCAGCUAAAUCGGCGCUACCAGCCCCGCCUGCGCUUUCUGAAGCAGCGGCUGCUCAACGGCUAUCGGCGCUUCGACCCGGCGCGGGGCAUGGAGUACACCCUGGACCUCCUGCUGGAAGCCGUGACGCAGCGCGGGCACCGGCGGGCCCUGGCACGAAGGGUCAGCCUGCUGCGGCCACUGAGCCGGGUGGAGAUCCUGCCCAUGCCCUAUGUCACAGAGGCCACCCGCGUGCAGCUCGUGCUGCCGCUCCUGGCGGCCGAAGCCGCCGCGGCCCUGGCUUUCCUGGAGGCCUUUGCGGCCGGUGUCCUGGAGCCACGAGAGCACGCGCUGCUCACCCUGCUGCUGGUCUACGGACCCCGGGAAGGUGGCCGAGGGGCCCCAGAGCCAUUCCUUGGGGUGAAGGCGGCAGCGGCCGAGUUAGAGCAACGGUACCCGGGGACCAGGCUGGCCUGGCUCGCGGUGCGCGCAGAGGCCCCUUCGCAGGUGCGGCUCAUGGACGUGGUCUCUAAGAAGCACCCCGUGGACACACUCUUCUUCCUCACCACCGUGUGGACCAGGCCCGGGCCCGAAGUCCUCAACCGCUGCCGAAUGAACGCCAUCUCUGGCUGGCAGGCCUUCUUCCCGGUGCAUUUCCAGGAGUUCAACCCUGCCCUGGCACCACAGAGAUCUCCCCCAGGGCCCCCGGGAGCCGGCCCUGACCCCCCGUCCCCUCCCGGUGCCGACGCUGCCCGGGGGGCUCCCGUAGGAGGCAGGUUUGACCGACAGGCUUCCGCGGAGGGCUGCUUCUACAACGCCGACUACCUGGCGGCCCGAGCCCGGCUGGCUGGUGAACUGGCAGGCCAGGAAGAGGAGGAAGCCCUGGAGGGGCUGGAGGUGAUGGAUGUUUUCCUCCGGUUCUCAGGGCUCCACCUCUUCCGGGCCGUGGAGCCAGGGCUGGUGCAGAAGUUCUCCCUGCGGGACUGUAGCCCACGGCUCAGCGAGGAGCUCUACCACCGCUGCCGCCUCAGCAACCUGGAGGGGCUGGGGGGCCGGGCCCAGCUCGCAGUGGCGCUGUUUGAGCCGGAGCAGGCCAACAGCACCUAGCAUGGCCCGGGGCCCUGCCCCUCCGUGCAGUUCCCCUCUCGGCCGCAGCCCCGGGAAGGGCAAGGCAAAACGGAUGGACAGAUGGAGAGCUUGUGGCUGUAUUUUUUUUAAUAAGAAAAAUGUUAUUAAAAGUGUCUUCUGCCAAA